AAGAAGAAGAGGAGGAGAAAAUGGCGGCCUCCAUUUGCAGGACGUUAAACUUCCUUCAUCAGAGCACAUGCAGUAAUUUAAAGUGUGUUGGGCUUUUCCUGGAUGUGCAAUGGCCCCAGGCUGCACUGAUUCCCGUUCGCACCAAGAAGCGCUACUUCAUCCCUCCAGCUGUGGGGUUGAAGGAAAAGUCACACUCUGAGCAGGAGGCGAAGGCGCGCGCUGCAGGAGUGGUCAUCAGACAGGAGUACAUGGAGAGACCCAUCAACAUCUCCUGCACGGCCGGAGUCUUUGAUCCAUACAUCCCUCCAGAGGGCGAUGCUCGUCUCUCCUCUCUGUCCAAAGACGGGUUGAAACAGCGCACAGAGCAGCUGCGACAGAGUGCUGCCUCACAGCUGGCGAUGCGCAAAAUAAAGGAGCACGACCCAGAGUUCUCUUCGAAAGAGUUCGCCGUGCGAGCAAAGGAAAUCUUCAUCGAGGCUCAUUUGGCUCUAAUGCAGUUCAACAAAGAGAAACUUCAUUCUUUGGUCACGGAAAGGUGUUACCCUGAGAUGGUUCGAGGGAAUAGGUAUAAAACACUGCGAUGGCGCUUUGUUGAGUCUCUGGAGCCGCCACGCUUGGUCCAUGCUAGAUGCCCGGACAUGAUCAGUAAGGGCAAUCUGUACGGUCAAGUAACGAUCCGCAUGCACUCGAGACAGACAUUGGCAAUCUAUGACCGAUUUGGUCGCUUGAUGCUUGGAGAUGAAGACGAGCCCAGGGAUGUCCUGGAGUACUUGGUGAUGGAGAGACACCUGGUCAACCCAUAUGGCCUUUGGAGACUCCACGGCAAGAUUGUUCCAGCAUGGGCGCCACCUAAAGGACCCAUCCUUAAGACUGUUAUGAUCCCAGGCCCCAAGCUAAAGCCAGAAGAGGAGUUUGAGACUCUUAAUUAUGAGGUGCCAAAGCCCAAGGCAGUACAGUGGCAUAAAUAAGCUGUAGGGUGGGAUGUUCAAGUCGUCUUUGUACAGAUUUAAUUAUUGACCUGUGAAAUAAACUAAUGUUCCUGAAACUG